AUGGUCAGCGGGCAAGAGAUUUCAGGUCUCUGCAAGGCAAGAAGUGCCAACUGGGAGGUUUCUGUCUCUAUCACAAGCAGGGGGAGGGGAGAGAGAGGAGAGGAGUUAGAACGAGAGACUGCAGCACCAGCCCCGCGAGGGAGAAGGAGAAAGCGGCCCCGACGCCAGCACCAGCCCCGGGAGGGAGAAGGCGGCCCCGACACCGGCACCAGCCCCGGGAGGGAGAAGGCGGCCCCGAUACCGGCACCAGCCCCGGGAGGGAGAGGGAGAAGGCGGCCCCGAUACCGGCACCAGCCCCGGGAGGGAGAGGGAGAAGGCGGCCCCGACACCGGCACCAGCCCCGGGAGGGAGAGGGAGAAGGCGGCCCCGACACCGGCACCAGCCCCGGGAGGGAAAAGGCGGCCCCGACACCGGCACCAGCCCCGGGAGGGAGAGGGAGAAGGCGGCCCCGACACCGGCACCAGCCCCGGGAGGGAGAGGGAGAAGGCGGCCCCGACACCGGCACCAGCCCCGGGAGGGAGAGGGAGAAGGCGGCCCCGACACCGGCACCAGCCCCGGGAGGGAAAAGGCGGCCCCGACACCGACACUGGCACCAGCCCCGGGAGGGAGAAGGAGAAAGCGGCCCCGACACCGGCACCAGCCCCGGGAGGAAGGGGAGGGGAGGGCGGACUGCGAUCCGAGUUGUUUUUGGCUGGAACCGGGUGCAGGGUCGGGCCCAGGAUGUCGGAGGAGGGCGCGGUACAAGUGUGUGUCCGGAUGAGACCACCCAACGACAGAGAGAAAUCUUUACAAGGCGGGUCAGCUGAAGCUGUUCAGAUUCAUUGGAAAGCCGACAAACAAACUGUUUCCCAGAUAUCUGGAUCAAGGUCUUUCAGUUUUGACCGUGUAUUCCAUCCUGAAGAGUCAACAGCCACAGUUUACCAUGAGGUUGCACACUCCAUUGUGCACUCUAUCACCAAGGGCUACAAUGGGACCAUAUUUGCAUAUGGGCAGACUUCUUCAGGAAAGACUUACACAAUGAUGGGAAAUGCAGUUUCUUCUGGUCUUAUUCCUUUGGCAAUCUGCAAUUUGUUCAAUGUCAUUAAUAAUACGCCAAACAGAGAAUUUUUAUUGCGGGUUUCUUACAUGGAAAUUUACAAUGAGUCAGUAUCUGAUUUGCUUGUUGGUCCAAAAAGAAGACCCCUAGAAGUUAGAGAAGAUAUGGAACGUACAGUUUAUGUUGCCAAUCUGACAGAAGAGUUGGCUGUAACCUAUGAGGAUGUCAUGAAAUUGGUUCAUAAAGGAGAAAAAAACCGGCAUUAUGGAGAAACCAAGAUGAAUGAGCACAGUAGUCGGUCGCAUACAAUUUUUAGAGUGAUUGUGGAAAGCAGGGAUAAAAAUAAUGAAGCGGUUAUUGUUGCACACCUGAAUUUGGUUGAUCUGGCAGGCAGUGAACGAGCCAGCCAAACAGGAACUGAAGGUGUCCGCCUAAAAGAAGGAUGUUUUAUCAACCGUAGUUUGUUUGUACUCGGUCAAGUUAUAAAAAAGCUCAGUGAUGGGCAAGCUGGUGGCUUUUUAAAUUAUAGGGACAGUAAGCUGACACGAAUUCUGCAGAAUUCACUUGGGGGCAAUGCAAAAACUUUGAUCAUUUGCACGAUCACUCCAGUUAGUUUUGAGGAAACCCUCAGUACUUUACAGUUUGCAAGUACUGCCAAAUUCAUGAAGAAUACACCUCAUGUGAAUGAAGUGAUGGAUGAGCAAGCAAUGUUAAAGCGAUGUCGGAAGGAAAUAAUGGAUUUGAAAAACCAACUGGAAGAACUCACCUCAGAGACUCGUGUUCAAGCAAUGGAGAAAGCUCAACUGUUGUCAGAAAAGCAUAUCCUUCAAAUGGAUCACGAGCAGAAAAUAAAGAACUUGACAAGAAUGCUUGUCAGAGUUUCAACUGAUGAUGACCAAGAAACAAAGGCCAGAAGAAAGAGGAGGGUUACCUGGGCUCCUGGAAAAUUGCGAGCUAGUUUUGACUCCUCUGCCAAAAUGAUCAAGUUGGAUAAAGUCAAUCAAGAGUUUGAUGAAGAUGACGAUGAAGAUGACCCUUUUGAUGUGGACAGUGCUUGGACAUCUAAAAUUAUAUCAGAGUGUAAUAGUUCAAUCACAACAAAAAGAGGUGGAAGUUGUGGUUUCCAGAUACCUCCAUUUGAAGAUUCUCUUUACUUUAAUGAACAAAGCAGAGUAAACACGAACUGUAGUAGUUUGCUGUAUGAUGUACCUUCAAAGGAUGAAUUGGAACAAAGGAUUUCUGAACUGGAAAAAGAACUUGAAACCCUAACAGAAGAGAGAGAAAAAGAAAUAAAAAAGGAAAAGGAAUAUGCAAGCCACAUUGAGAAACAACUACAGGAUAGUAUUGAGAUUUGUGAGCUACUUUAUUCAAAACAGUUUGAUGCAGGAAGCUUAAAAAUGGAGAAUGAUAAACAGAAAGAAGAAAUUGAAGAAUUGAAAGAACUUCUAAAAGAAAGACUGGAGAAAGCGAAGUUCUUCCAAAUGGAGAAUGAGAAACAAAAAAAGGAAAUCAAAGAACUAGAAAAACUGAGAGAAGGGAUUGAAGAAUUGAAAGAGAGACGAGAAAUUGAGGAAUUUGAGUUUUUGGAAAAAGAAGCAGAAAAAGAAGGAAAGGAACAGGAACAGCAUGAAAAUGCGAUGUUCAAGAUGCUGGUUCGCAAUUCUGAGAGUAUUGACCAGGAGCUUGAGAUCCAGCAGUUGCAGCAAUCACUGAAAGAUGCAGAGGUUGUAACUCGUGAUGCAAAGAAAGAGUCUUCCCUUCUGAGAAGUGAAAAUCUGGAGCUUAAGGAAGAAAUGAAUAAAAUGAGAGUGGACUAUCAAAGAAUGGAAAACGAUGUCCAAUCAUACAGCAGCCAGCUAGAUGCUGAACGGUCACGCUACAAAGAAAUGCAAUCCGAUUUACAGAAAGAAUUAAAUUUUGCUUUCAAUGAAAAUACCAAGCUAAUGUCGCUUCUGGAUGGAAAAGUCCCAAAAGAUUUAUUGGAUCGUUUACAUUUUGAAAAGAGCAUGGCUGAUCUUAAGCAACGGUUGGAUAAAUCAGAAAAAGAAAAGAAUAGUCUUCAGGAAGAAGUAUCUCUAUUAUCCCAAUAUAAAUCAUUGCCUGAAAAAGUAGAUGAAUUAGCAAAACAGGUUCAGCAGCUGACCGAAGAACUUAAUGGUGUUACUUCCGAAAGGGAUACUUUGUCGGAGUGCAGAGAAGAUGAUGUGAAACAACUUGAGAACUUGCGUGGAGAGUUGUUAUCCAUUGUCCAGGAUAGGAACAAACUCCAGGAAGUUCUUGCUAGUGUACAGUCAGAACAGGAUCAUCAGGAGAAGAUCAAAACUCUACAACAGGAUGAAAUGAAGUGUAGUUUGGAGAAUCUCAAAAACGAAUUAGAUCUGUACUCCGUAAGGCUUGAAGAAGAGAAGGCUAAAUGUGCACAGUUUCAGCAAGAUAUUGAAGACAAAGAAAGACAAAUUAAAGAGCAGGAACAACAAUUGAAGCAGGAGCUUAUAAAACAGAAGGAAAUUGAUGAUAAAUAUUCUAAAUCCUCAGAAGAGAUUAAACUACUUAAAGAGGAAAAAGAAGAGCUAAUGAUUAAAUUGGAGGUUUUAAUGAAAACCAAUGAAGAACUGACAGUGUCACAAUCCAACUCUCAUCAAAAGGUACAAGCACUAACUAAAGAACUCCAAGUGUUAGCCUCUCAACAUGAUGAUAUUAAGAGUGAGAACCAAGAACUUGAAGUUCAUGAUUCCAGUAAGCAAGACACAGAAUUGCAAGAACAAUUAUUCAGCCAGCGUCUCCAACAACUCGAGGAUGAGAAAUCCGCCUUAAUGAAGGAGAAGGAAGAUCUCCAGGCCAUUCUGGAAACUGUCAAAAUAGAAAAGGAUGCAAUGAAGAGAGCCCUGCAAGGAAAAACUGAAAUGGAAGAAGAACCUUUGAAUGCGACAAUUAUGUCUGAAACAGAGAGCCAAGGCUUUGAGAAAGAGGAUUUAACUGAACAGCUGCUCCUACUUCAGAAGAAUUGUGGGUCACUCAACAGUGAAAAGGAAGCACUGCAUCAAGAACUGACAGCUCUUAAAGCUGAGAGAGAGCAGUUGAAGUGUGAUCUUCAAGAUAAUAUUGAAAUGUGUAUAGAAAACCAGUCAGAACUGAGAAGUCUACAUGACCAGCUAAAAUUGAAUCAAAAUGCGGAGAUAAAAUUGAAGAAGAGUCUGACUGAAAUGGAAUACUUGUUAAAUGAAGAGAAGGAAAAGGUACAAGCACUAACUAAAGAACUCCAAGUGUUAGCCUCUCAACGUGAUGAUAUUAAGAGUGAGAACCAAGAACUUGAAGUUCAUGAUUCCAGUAAGCAAGACACAGAAUUGCAAGAACAAUUAUUCAGCCAGCGUCUCCAACAACUCGAGGAUGAGAAAUCCGCCUUAAUGAAGGAGAAGGAAGAUCUCCAGGCCAUUCUGGAAACUGUCAAAAUAGAAAAGGAUGCAAUGAAGAGGGCCCUGCAAAAAAACACUGAAAAGAUACAAGAGGGAAGCGAGAAUCUGCACUGUAUGAUACCUCAACAUGAUGUACUGCCUGCUGAGUGUGAAGAACUUAGAGAUCAGGUUUCCAAAGAGUCAAGUGCAGACAUACAAGAGAAACUCAACUGGCAGCUCCAACAACUGAAGGAUGAAAAUUCUUCAGUAAUAAAGGAGAAGGAUGAUCUCCAGGUGAUGCUGGAGAAUGUCAUUGUACAAAGGGAUGAAAUGGAGAGUGCACUACAGGAAAAAUCUGAGAGGAUGCGGGAACAAACUGAAGAUCUGCAACGUGUCAUGUCUCAACGUGAUAUGUUGCUUGGUGAAAUUGAAGAACUGAGAGCUUCUAUUUCCAAAGAACAAGGAGCAAAAAUUGAGAAUGAAUUCAAUCAAAGGCUCCAGCAAAUUGAGGCUGAGUAUUCAUUGAUCCUAAAGGAAAAGGAUAAUCUCCAGGAGACAGUACAGUGUGUCAAAGAAGAACGAAAUGAAAUGAAGAGCACAUUACAGGAAAUUACAGAGAAAAUAGAAAAACAAACUGAGGAACUCCACCAGGUAGUAUCUCAGCGAGAUGUGCUGUUUGGUGUGAUUCAAGAGCUGAGAGCUUCUAUUUCCAAAGAACAGAAAGCUGAAAUUCAGGAGAAGGAAUUCAGCGAGAGGCUUCAGCAACUCAAAAAUGAAAAAGCAGCCAUUGCAAAGCAGAAUGAUGAUCUUCAAGCAAUGCUGGAGAGUAUUAAGUUGCAAAGGGAUGAAAUUAAGAACACCCUACAAGAAAACACUGAAAAGAUGCGAGAGCAAAGUGAGAAACUGCACUGUGUGGUGGCUGGGCGUGAUGCGCUGCUGAGUGAAAUUGAUCGGCUGAGAGCUCAAGUUUCCAAAGGGCAGUCCCCUGAAAAUCUGGGAGAGAAAUUUAACCAAUGGUUCCAACAAUUUGAGGAUGAAAAAUUACAAGUAAUAAAGGAGAAGGAGGACCUCCAGGGGUUAUUGGAGCGUGUCAAAACACAGAGCAAUGAAAUGAUGAGUACUCUACAAGGAAACACUGAGGCAAUUCAUGAACAAACAAAAGAACUGCGUCGUGUGGUCUCUCACCGAGAUGAACUACUUGGUGAGAUUGAACAGUUGAGAACGUGUGUUUCUAAGGAACAAGCAGUUAAAGUUGAGGAGAAGGAAUUGUAUGAAAGGCUUCAGCAAUGUGAGGAUGAAAAAUCAAUCCUAGCGAAGCAGAAGUGUGAUCUUGAAGAGACAUUAGAAAGUGUCAAAGUACAGAGGGAUGAAAUGAAGAGGACCUUGGAAGAAAACAAUCAGAUGAUUCAUGAGCAAACAAAAGAACUGCGUCGUGUGGUAUCUCACCGAGACGAACUGCUUGGCGAGAUUGAACAGUUGAGAACGUGUGUUUCUAAGGAACAAGCAGUUAAAAUUGAGGAGAAGGAAUUGUAUGAAAGGCUACAGCAACGUGAGGAUGAAAAAUCAAUCCUAGCGAAGGAGAAGUGUGAUCUUGAAGAGACGUUAGAAAGUGUCAAAGUACAGAGGGAUGAAAUGAAGAGGACCUUGGAAGAAAACAAUCAGAUGUUGCUCAAGUGGACAAAUGAACUUAACAGUGUAAGAAAUCACCGUGACCAGCUGCUAGUUGAAAUUGAGCAAUUGAAGGAUGAAGUGAAGAAAGUGGAACUCUUGCGACGAGAAUCUAAUGAUCAAUUUGAGAGAGAAACAAAAUCCAUAACAAUGCAGAAAGAUGAGCUGCAGUUACAAAUGGAUAAAAUCCAGAAAGGUCUUUGUGAAAAGGCUGAAAUGCUUAUGAUCGAGGAAAGAAGAAAUGAAGAGCUCAAAACACUUGUCACAACCUUGGAGAAACAAAUUGUCACAUGGAAAGAGGAGAAAAUACAAAUUGUAUCCACUAAAUCAGAAGCUGAUCCAGUUGAAGCAGAAAUUAAUAAACUUAGCAAUUAUCUCCAGGAAAAAGAUCUACUAUUACAAACCGCAUUUCAGAGUUUAUUUGAAUUGGAAAACGAGUACAAGAUUGGACUAGCUAAAACUGAUCAGGAAUUCGCGCGAGAGAUGGAGGCUUGGAAAGAGCUACUGCUCAGAAUUUGCUCUGAAGUGCCUGAAGGGUCAGCAGAAUCGAUACGCAUUGUAAAACUACAGGAAGAAAAUGCAAAACUAUAUGAAAAACUUAUGUUGUGGAGAAGUAAUUUUAUGAGAGUGAUGAGCACUGUGCCUCCUCGUGUGAAGAACUAUCAGAAACCUAUUAGGAAAUGUGAUGUGAGUUUAGCAGAUGAGAAAAAGAAGAAUGAAGAAUUGCUCUCGCAGUUGCAGGCUCUGAGAAAGCAAGUAUCUGAUCCAUCAGAAUUGCAAUUAGUAUCAGUUGAGAAGAAUGCUGAAAUAAGAAGAAUUUCGGCCUUAAUUGCAAAUAAAGAACACCACUUAGAGAAUGCCCAGCAGAAUUUGUUGGAAUUAAAGUCAAAAUAUCAAAAGUACCUGACCUGCUCCGAAAAUGGAAUACUGUCCAGAGCAACAGCCCGAAACAAUCUUAAGGAAAAAAUUGCCAAACAGUCGGAGAGAAAUAUUUUGAAGAUAAUUGAAGAAAUUGAGAAUGAAAAUCAAAUAUUAGAUCAGGAAUGUCAGCUUCAAUUGAAAUCUGUUCAGGGUGAAGCUGCAUAUUCUGAAUCUCUGCGAAAUGGAUAUAUAAAGUAUAUCAGGAAUUCUUGUGAUGAAUUGGAAAAUGAGAAGAAAAAGAAUGAUGAACUGCUUUUACAAAUUGAAGCUAUCAAGCAGGAAUCAUUGAACAAAAAUGGCUGUGAUUCAUUGACUCUGGAAAACCAGAAGCUAUCCAAAAAGUUGAAAGAAGCCGAGCUAUUGCUGCAGAAUGAGAGAAUAAAAAUUAAUGAGCUUGAAGCAACCCUGACAGCAAGCCAAGAAGCCUACAAGCAACAGGAAGAAAAGCUCUCGGAACUACAAACAGAAAUAGGCUCCAAAGCACUAGAGAAAAAUCUUGAUGUUCUUCAGUCAAAACUGUUGAAGAAGGACAGCCAAAUUAAAAAUUUAGAAGAAAAUUUGGAACAACUGCAGGCUAAGCUAGACAUGGGAGCUCAACCUUUCAAAGAAGAGAUGACUGAUCUGAAAAAUCGAUUGUUUGCAUUACAGAUGGAAAAAGUUAAAGAGACUAAACAUUUUGAAAAUCAAAUUAGUUCUCUCAAAGCCAGCUUAGAGCAUAAAGAAGAGUCAUUGAGACAACUGAAGGAAACACUCCGAAGAAACCAGCAAGAACAGGAUACCAGCAUUACAGUUGAAAAUAGUAAAGAUAAAACGUGUUCCACUGACGUAUCUCUCACAUGUAGUGCUGGAAGUGGUAUAGUUCAGAAUGCAGUGGUACUUGUUCUAAAUGCUGAGAAAGCUAAACUUACUCGAGAUCUAAAUCAGUUUAAGAAGGAAAAUGAACAUCUUGCAAGAAUGGUGUCUGAGCUAAAAUUUGAAAAAAACAUAUGGAAAGAAAGAGCAACAAAAUAUGAAGAGAAAGAGAGAAUGCCAUUCAAGCGGGAAAAUAUUCAACAUACUUUAACACAAUGUCCAGAUGACAGUCUCCCUUCGCAGUCACAGAAGGAAUGUUCACUACCAGUGUCACAAAAUGUUGAGAUUUCAAAAGAAUUGUUUCCUCACGAAAGUAAAGCUGCUGCCACUGAGGAUAAAGCUUUGGAAAACGAGCUACCCAUCGAUUCUUCUAAGGCAUCAUCGUUUGGUAUGGAAUCACAGCCAUGGUCACUUCCUCGGACCAAAAUUUUUGAUAAUUCUCGGCUGAGUUUUCCUGGAGCGGCAAGUCCUCAAGCAAAACCCAAAUAUGAGAAGAAUGAACGUGAUGAUUGGUGGCCCAAGCCCUCUGCUGCUGAUCCGGAAUGUAAAAUGCAGUGACCGUUCUUUGGGGCAAAGGAACACCGAAUAGCUCAUUCACUUCAUUCACGAAGGCACUAUUGAAAUUGUCACAAGGACCCAUUGAAUGAUAAAACAGAUUGUAUACUCUUGCGAGAGCCGAGUAGCUCGAUUUGUUAAUAAUAUUUUCCUCUAAUCUCACUUGCAGAGGUCAUAGAACAGCUAGUCUGAUUCAAGUUGUCACACUGAUGCACUGGGUGCUGUUCUAAUGAGGGUAAAAGGAAAUUGGUUCUGAAUCUAACUGUGGUAAAUGCUGGAUGUCUCAAAUUUGGAAAAAGUUGCACUUCCAACACAUUUCUUGUAGCAUCAAAAUAUUUUUGCAAAAGUGUCUCUCUAUAGCAAGAUUUAACCAUUUAGCAGCAAAGUUUGUGGCAAGUUGUCAAAGGCUUUAGUGGGUUUUUUGUUAAUUACACGAAAUAUUAUCCUGGCGAACACUAGGCAAUGUUUCAAAAACCUGUCACCAUAGUGAUGGUUUCAUCAACCAGUAUUGAAGUUCUGUUAUGAAUGUAUUCACUUUUAUACUAAAAGUUUCUACUAUUGACAUUUUCUUGCAAAAAUAAAGGCAUUUUUUCUAUUGAAUAAGACAUUUCUUUGGUUUUGCUAAUACGUGGUACUAAAUUGCCAUUGCUGAGCACUCGAAGGUUGUUAAAAUAUCAUUUAACCUUUAUAGAUUGCAAAAACACAGUAUUUAAGGGGAAAGUAAGUUGCCCUGUUUUUUUCAUUCAUUCGUGGGAUGUGUGCAAGAGUAACAUUUAUUGCCUAUCCCAUUGUGCCUGACAAUCUGCUGAGCCAUGCUCUGCAGUGAAUUUUGAGGGUAUGCCCACAGUGCUAUUGGGGUGAGUGUUGAAAUCACCCAGCUAGACCACCCUCUUCCCACCCCCCCACCACUUUUUCUCACACACGACCUCCCAGUUGGUGUCUAUCACUCAGCACACCCCCUCACCCCGCCCCCUUCCUCCCAGUCAGUCAGUCACUCCUGCAGUGACUCUCUCAGUAAAAGGACAGCUGCAUUUAGAGCAACAGAGGGAGAAACAAAAAUCUUCCAGUGUGCAGGCAUAAAGCAGCUGCUGCUGUGGAGAAGCAGGAGUCUUGUUUUCUGUGCAAAAGGAAGGGAACUGAACAAAUAAGAUUUUUGGAGAUUUGUGGAACAAGGAGUCACCAAGUGGGCUUUCCUGCUGGAAUCCAAUUUGGGAACUCUGGCCCAAUGGACCAGCUUUUGAAGGGCAUUGGAACUUCUAAUAGAAGUGUGUCAGUUGGAGAAUCAGGAGCAACUCUGAGCUUGUUCUCCUAAUGCUACAGGUAAACCAGAAGUGAGGUGCAGAGUGGAAAAAGUUGUAAAGAUGUAUCACUUAAUGGAUAAGUGCCUUUUUGAUUCAAUGCAUUAGUUGCCAAUCAAGUA